AUGGUUUUGAAUCGAUCUACCAAAAAUGCCGUGAUUACAAAAGGGAAAGGUACGUGGCGGACGAAAACGGCUGAAGGAGUCACCCAGGAAGAGAAAGAAAAGAAGGAGGAAGAGGAUGAGGAGAUAGCUGCGGAAAAUCCGGCUGCGAAGAAACGAGCUGCGAAGAAACCGGCUGCGAAAAAACUGGCUGCAAACAAACCGGCUGCGAGGAGAACGGCUGCGAAUAAAACGGCUAAAGCGGCGACAGCUACCACCCAGGAAGAGGAUGAGGCGACAGCAGCGAAGGCGAAGGCGAAGGCUAUGACGGAAAUGGCUACGGUUGCGAAGAGAAUGGCUGCGAAGAGAACGGCUGCGAAUAAACCGACUAAAGCGGCGACAGCUACCACCCAAGAAGAGGAUGAGGCGACAGCAGCGAAGGUGAAGGCUGUAAAGAAAAUGGCUACGAAUAGAACAGCUGCGAAGGAACCAGCUAAAGCAGUGAUAGCUACCAGCCCGACGAAGGCGAACAAGGAGAAGAAAGCUACCGAGACCAACUUCCCAACAUCCAUGGAUCUAUUCAACUCACUUCCAGAGACUUUGAACAUAUGGGAUACAGAUCCUACAUUCCAGUAUAUACAUCAUGCUGCCCAUAAGUUGGCUGAAUUUCUUUGCGCUUUCAUCAUAUUUUUAGUUCAGCUCUUGGCCGAACGCAGAUCAUCUCAUUUCUAA